CCCUGUACCAACUCUCAUUGUAUACCUAACAGUUUAAGUACUGUACCACGUAGCCAGUCAUCAUAAAGUAGUUGCAAUACAGGAUGCGUAUAAUGCAUAUAAUCUCAGAAGAAAAUAUUAUACAAAAAUGGUCUCUGGUGUUGUCUGACUGGGCCUUAAGUGCGCUGCAGAUUCCUCUCCAGAGACCAUGACAGCGGGAAGAAAUGUGCUAAAUAGUGGCAAAGAUCAAAUGGAAGAGGAGAAAUAAAACAAUCAGUAGCUCGGAAUGCUGCAGAAGUGCAAAAGCGUGGAUUUUGGUGCAAUCAGAAGUAAGAGACCAUGAAACGAGGACAGAAAACAAUGUCUGGUGACAGAAAGAAGCAGCACAGAAACUGAGAGGAGGUAAAUAUCUGCAGCACCCCAGUUGUGAGGCUUAAGGAGCUUAGCCCCCCUCCCCGCCCAUCACAGAAGAGUCCUUAAGUAAAAGCAUCCACUGAGGCUGAGCUGCAAGUGAGAGGAAAGUGAGCAAGAGAUGCGGGAGGAGAGGUGCAGGCAGAAGGAAGUGUAAACCGAGCGGGGCCGGUCCCUGCCUUCCUCAGGAGCCCAGCCGUCAUCCCACCAUCCCCGCUUGACAUGAAGCCCUUCCUACAAUUCCCCCUGGAAUCACCGCACCCUGCAACCUUGGGUCUCUUCCACAACUUUAAUACAAUGGACCCUGUGCAGAAGGCCGUCAUGACGCACACUUUCGGGCAUCCCAUGGUGAAAACAAAGCGCCCCAUCAUCUCCUGCAAUGUCUGUCAAAUACGUUUCAACUCCGAGAGCCAAGCAGAGGCACACUAUAAGGGCAACCGGCACGCUCGCAGAGUUAAGGGCAUUGAGACGUCAAAGACAGCUCGUCUUCAAGAUGGCGACAAGCAGCACCCUCCCCCCACAACUUCACCCUCCCCAUCAGGCCCCUCACCAUCCAACCUGGAUCCUGAUCCGAAUAAGCAGGAUGACACCCAAUCCUGUCCCACCUCUGAAUCACCUUUGAUCCCGAACCAAAUCACAACACCCACAGUGAGCUCAGCGGAAGCAGAGUGUCCCUUCUUGGCAUCUGCGGGCGCACCUUUGCCGUCCUCCCCCUUGCCGGCCGGCAUCGUCAACACGCCGCCUGCAGACUCGGCAGGAGCGGUCCUUCCUGAUACCCCGUCUCCGGCUCCCAGCCCUCCCUCUGGGGAGUCUGAGGAAGAGAAAGCCAAGAAGCUUCUCUACUGCUCCUUAUGUAAAGUUGCAGUUAAUUCCCUCUCACAGCUGGAGGCCCAUAACAAAGGUACAAAACACAAAACAAUCCUGGAGGCACGGAGUGGACUGGGGCCUAUUAAAGCCUACCCACGUCUAAGUCUGAAAGGCAGCCCCGAGGAGCUGUCAUCUGACCCCAACACUCAGGAACGAACCUUCCACUGUGAGAUUUGCAAUGUCAGAGUCAACUCUGAGAUGCAGCUUAAACAGCAUAUUUCCAGCCGGAGACAUCGAGAUGGAGUUGCAGGGAAACCCAAUCCUCUACUUAGUCGUCAUAAGAAGCGUGUGGAUUUCAUGGAACUUCCCAAAACCCUAGGGGCGGGACUUUUACCAAACCCUCUGGCUGUCGCGGCAGCCAUGGCCGCUGCGGCAUCCUCCAAUCAGCUGGCACUGCGCCCUCCUGGCCCGCCGACCCACCCGCACCCCCAUCACCACCUGCUACAGGGGGCACCCCUCGGCUUGCUGAGGCCCGCCCCGGGCCCCAUUCGCACUACGCACGGGCCAAUCCUCUUCACUCCGUACUAACAGCGUGAGCGUGAGGAGGAGUCAGGAAGAAGCACACUGUGACGCGGACAGGCCAACCAAGGCGAUGCUUCAUUAUAGUCAAACUUGUGACUGACGAUUAAUGGUGCAUACUGUAUUUGCAGACUGCUGCUGCUGUUACGCUAACAGGGAGAACCAGAGAUAUCCGACAACUCCGAGACACUUUAAAGAGCAAGCGUACGUUUUUCCAUCUUUCCGAUUUGCCCUGCAUCGAUAAAAUACCAAACAGUCACCGGUAAUAACCCUGUAAGAUGAGGACGUGGACUAUUAAAUGGACUUCCACAUUGCAGCUGGCUUAACCGCUGUAUUUCGAACCCUACCUCUUCAACAAUUUGAAUCUUAUCCACAUCUGAUGCAUCAUCUUCAUAAGAAAAAAAGAAGCCCGCUGGGUUCUAUAUUGUGGUCUCCUCUGAUGUUAGCUGUUAGCAAUCACUGUGUAAUGGGUCCCCCACUUUUUGUGGUAAAUGAAUUUGUGUUGCUGGUGGAGUCUCCUGCAACAUUUCUGUACUGUAUGUUUAGAUCUUCCCAGCACGCUUCGGGCGUCUGUACUUACCUCUGUGGGACACAAACGGGGUGAAAGAGGAACAGAAUAUACAUUACGUCUUAAAGAAGAUAGUCAAUGAAGCACCUUAAUCAUGUGAAUGGGAUGGCAAACUUGUAGUUGUGGUGAAGAAGUACUAUGCAGCUAUCAGUGUUUAUACGUGUGGUCUGAUUAGAUGUUGAAGUUGGAGAAAAGAAAAACAAGAUAAAAGAACAUCAGGGAAGACUAAGCAAGUAUCUUUAGGUUUAGGUCUACGUGUUAAUUGUCAGAUAAACCCCAGAUUUGAUUCCCCAGAUUUUCCCUGGUAACGUGCUAGAAAGUGUGACUAGGCACCGGGGUAAACGUCUGCAUGUAAGUGAUUUUGAAUGCAUUUAAAUGCUUUAAUUUAUGUUUACCUGCACAAAAACAGAAAAGUUUCAGUAUCUCAGAGAAAGACUUUCAACACUGUGAGCACAGCAAGACAAUGAGGAGGUAAUAUAGUAGCCGCUAUUUGCAAUACGGGCAUAUUCAGCUCACAAACGUACACAAAUUCAAUGCAAAAUAAAAGAAUUAUAUGCAUAGGACAAUAAUAAUAAUCAUGUGUUCGGAUAACAUAAAACAUACUGUACAUACAGUAUAUGUGAAAUAUAAGCGCACACAAACAGACAUGAGCCGCAAAAACAUCCUCUUUGAAAGCUUUGCAGGUGUGCGGUCGGACAAAGCCUGCUCUGCAAUUGUGACCCUGAAGAAUCCCGAAAACUGUCACGGCAAAAUGUCACACACUAGUGGGGAACUUCAGCAAACCCAAACGGUAGCAAUACUUUCUGCUCUCCUGCCUUUUAUGUGAAAUUAAAAAAUACAUUAAAAAAAAAAAUUGUGUCAAAUGAUAUGUUUAUAGUUUUUAGGGGUGAUGUAUAAAAAAACAUUACUGUACAUGUAAAUUAGUUUUAAAAAAUUACAAAUAGAA